AUAUUUUCAUGGUUUGGCAAAGGACGACCUGAGUUGAUGGUUUAAUGCUCUUGUCUGUGUUGGUGCGUAAAGAGUGUUUGCGCAUCCCUAUCGGCUGUAUUGUCUUUUCGCAUUGCGGAUGGGAGGUAAAUACACGUUUUAGCAGGUUGCCAAAAUCAGUGAUGCAAACAAAGCCUGAUAUAUUCUUGCUCCGAUGAGGAGCCGGAGGCUACUGCAUUUGGCUCUGACUGGGAGAUGCACGCAGCACUAAACUCUCCACAUGCAGCGUCUGGAGAAUGCGGACAAGUGCUCUGGGCAUGGUUGGGAUUAAAUGGACGGAUGUCCUUUGCAAUACCUGUUGAGGAGUGUGUGAACAUAUUUUAUCAUUUCGCGCGAUGUGUUUAAACGAUGCCGCACUGCUUUGCAAAUGUUCCACAAUUCAAGUAGAGGACUCUUUGCCUUUCUGCUGAUGCUGUUGGAGUGGACCAAACCAGGGCUAUCUAACCCCCUGCGUCCGAUCUGUGACCUGCGGGUCCUAAAACACUUCAUUGAAGAGGCCAGAGAUGCUGAGGCAGCCAUGCUGGCAUGUAAAGAAGGACGUGGUCUUGCAGAGCCCGUCACUGUUCCCCAAACCAAAGUAGACUUUAACGUCUGGGAGAGGAAAACUGCACUGGAGCAAGCUCAGGAGGUUCAGUCUGGCCUGUGGCUGUUAAACCAGGCCAUCGGCUCGCUACGAACGUCCGUCACCAACACAGCGCUCCACAGCCACAUAGACAACAGCCUCAGAAACAUCUUCAGCAUCGGACAGGUGCUGCGCAGCCUCAACAUCCAGGAGUACACCCCUCCAGCAGGGGGAGUGGCUGGAGGUGAGGAGACAUGGCGGGUGUCGUCUGCUUCAGAGCUCCUCCAGGUCCACGUUAACUUCCUGCGAGGCAAGGUGCACCUCUUGCUGUCCAACGCACCCAUCUGCCACCAGGGUAGCAGCUGAUUGGGGCUCUCCAAGGCAGGGCUGAACUGAUUGGAGCUCCCUCUGGCAGGGGGGGCGGGCUCUUACACUAUUGACCCUGCUUGUUGCCAGGUAGAAGUCUAAAAGAGGAGAGUGUGUGAACCAGAUCCUCUCAGAGGAGAAUGAAGCUAUGUGGACAGAAUAGUUCCUAUUGGACCUUUAAAAGAACAAGAGCAGGUAGCACCUUGUGAAUAUUGACAUGAGGGAGGAAUGUGGUGAAGAAGUCAACAACGAAUGGGGCCAAUAUAAUGCACCGCUCUACGGCUCUUCAGUACUGUGUGUGUGUGUGUGUGUGUGUGUGUGUGUGUGUGUGUGUGUGUGUGUGUGUUUUAGCAUGGACUGUGAGUUCUCACCGCCAAGCACUGGACAACCCACGUGGAUUGCACCUGAUGACACCUUGUUGGAGUUGUUCUGCACUGUACCUGACUGACAGCAUUGACAGCCUGUCAAAGUCCAGGAGGAGGAGGCCUAGCCUAUACCACAAACUCUUCAAACUUCACCGCCCACCUCAUUCUUAACACACAACACUUUUCCAACUGCUGUUUAUUGGUGUCCUUAAAUGAAUUUUAUAUUGCUCUUUGUAAUUACUUAUUUAUAGUUCUACAUUUAAGCUCGACUCACUGUCAUGGCGAAAGUAUUCUGAGAGACAUACUGUAACUAUGAAUUAGAGGCCGCCGUUGGGCUCCAUCGGUUAAUCAUAAUCACUAUAUAACGCCACUGAACCAUGUUGUAAAGAUAUUUCUAUACGUCAAUAUCCAACUGUUCACUCCUGUCUGUUACCCUUCAUAGAAUAAAUGAUCUGUGUGUUUGUA